CUUUAUUUCACAACGAGUCCACUUUGGACGGUGGCUGCCUUUCAGCUUGCCAAAAUAAGUUUAGUGUAGGCGACGAGAGCGAGUAGACGGGCUGUGGAUCGAAGCAAGUAAGGCUGUGCACAGUGAUCAAGAACAACAUAACACCCUCGCGAGGAACCUUCGAGCGUCCUUUUCCGCCUUCCAUAAAGUUGUCUAGACUAUGCGGCUGGGACAAAAGCCACAUUGCCAACUUCCACAAUGGGGGCAACGGGUCAACAGCCGUCAAGCCGAUAUGCCCUGGUGUCUUCACUUUAUGGGCCGGGCACGAUCGCCUGCUGGUAUCUUACAAUCUUAUCUGUUCUAGUCUGUUGGACGCUUCAUCCUAGGAAACGAAAGUCAGGAUCUAUUGAUGUCGACUUGAUCGCGAUAUUGACGCUUCCAACUGUCGCUGUGGGCCACCUAAUAUCGCAAGUGUUGAGGCUGAUGCACAGCCAUGCCAACGCUCUCGGCUUUGACACGGACGACAAUCAAUUUGUCCAGGACAUCGCCGCUAUCGAGGCGCCUUUCAGCAUCAUCGAGUCAUUCAUGGCGAUUAGCGUCAUUUUGUUCCUUAUCGCUGUUCGGAGUCAAUGUCUCCGUCGUGCGAUAUCUGUGGCACUGGCUGGCCUCGUUUGCCUUGCCGCAGAGUGUUACAUCCACUUCUCAAGCUUCGAAGAGCUCGGUAUUCGAUACGAGCCAUCGAAGGCAAAGAGUGACGAUGAACCGGCCUUCAGCCGAUCGUUCGUUGCCGACUUCACCGGCCUUAUCAUCGCUAUCAUGAUAAUACUGGCAGUUUGCUCUGUCACUGCCUCUGCGGUUGUCAUCCUCAUGCUGCGCUCUCCAAGAGCUCCUGAAGCAAAUGGGGGAGAGGCUGAACAAGGAACGUUGUCGGAGAAUCGUGAAGCUCCGCAAGAAGCCGUUGAGGCUUACCCAUCAGUCACCGAGGAAACAUUACCAAGUGCGCUUGCAGAAGGCUCCAGGCGUACACCGUUAGCAGAAAUGGAAAGACUGCGAGAACAACAGGACAGGACAUACGAGAAAUGGACUCGAGAGAAACGAGCAAGCGCAUGGAUUAGCAUGGCCUUUUUACCUGCCACAUUCCUACUCAGCGUGCUGCCUAGCGCAGAUUCCUUUCAUUUUGCCUAUCAAGCUCUUGGGGUUACUGGCAGUACAACCACAAUCUGGCUGCGUCUGAAAAUAUUUGCUGGUCACUUCUAUCCACACUCAGCUAACUCCUUCGCGGAUCUGGACCAAGCACUGGCGACUGCGGCAGGAGCAACUGUCCUCGGAUUCAGCAUUUACAGUGUCGCCAAGGCACGCUAUGAGCUGCAGAGCGGUAAACAUGCGACGCGAGUGGAACAAAGGAGAACUGAGCUGGCUCGGCUGGGUCGAGAUCUGACGGUGUCGAGUUUGGAUGAUAGAAAUGGGCCGCCCGCACAAGAUGAGCGCAACGAGGCGCCCCAAUAG